AUGCCCACCUCCCUGGCCCCUGCUGUGGGCAGUAACAACAGUGACGUGCCCUGGGACCCGGGCUCCCCGCACCAGCACCCGUCGUCCGUCGCCAACAGCGUGGCGAAGAUGGCCCUGAUCUCGGUCAUCGUCUGCACCUCGCUGUUCGGCAACGUGGUGGUGCUGCUGGUGUUCCACCGCAAGCCGCACCUGCUGCACGUGGCCAACCGCUUCGUGCUCAACCUGCUGCUGGCCGACCUGCUGCAGACGGUGCUGGUGAUGCCCUUCGCCAUCGCCGCCACCGUGCCGCAGGUCUGGCCCCUGGACGCGCGGCUGUGCCAGGCGCUGGUGGUGCUCAUGCACCUGUUCGCCUUCGCCGGCGUCAACACCAUCAUCGUGGUGUCGGUGGACCGCUACCUGGCCAUCAUCCACCCGCUGUCCUACCCCACGCGCAUGACGCCGCACCUGGGCACCAACCUGAUCGCCUGCACCUGGCUGCUGAGCGUCCUGCAGAGCACGCCGCCCCUCUACGGCUGGGGCGCCAUCGACUUCGACCGGCGGCACAACGCCUGCGCCGUGGUGUGGUCCUCCAGCGCGUCCUACGCCGCGCUGGUCUCCGCCUUCUCCUUCUGGCUGCCCGUGGCCGUCAUGCUGGCCUGCUACUGGAUGGUGUUCCGCGCCGCGCGGAGGCAGAACGCCCUGGUGCACCCCAUCCAGUCCGGCCACCAGCUGGACUCCCACCCGCCGGGCGCGGGCCCCCAGCAGCAGCAGCAGCAGCAGCCCCUCCCCGACGGCGCCCUCGUGGCGGGUUACCCCGGCAGGGUGCGCGCCCGGCGCUUCCACUACCACUGCAAGGCGGCGCGGGUGGUGUUUGUGAUCAUGGCCUCCUACAUCCUGAGCAUGGGGCCCUACAGCGUGCUGAGCACGGUGUCGGUGCGCUCGGCGCCCGCGGUCCCGCCCUGGCUCUCCUCCCUGGCGCUCAUCCUCUUCUUCUUCCAGUGCUGCGUCCACCCCUACAUCUACGGCUACAUGCACCGCAGCGUGCGCAAGGAGUUCCUGGCGCUGCUCUGCGGGCCGCUGUGCCGGCCCGGCCGACCCGCCCGGGGCUCGGCGGUGGACAGCUGCUUCACCGUGACGGACGGUCGCUCGGGGCAACCGCACCCGCCGGGCGCCGCGGCGACCAGGGUCCACCCCCUGCAGACCUGGGAGGAGGGCACCACCUCCUCCUCGCCCACCGAGCGGAGGUCCCGGGACAGCCGCAAGGAGACCGCCUCGGUCAGCCUCAGCUCCGAGAAGGAGCUCGUCGUCCACGGGAAGUGA